ACUCACUACAACAACUUUACGGCUUCAUGUGUAUUAGGUAAGCAUCAGGAUUUUUGUAAAUUGUAUUUUUUUUGUGGCUGAGAUUGCUAGUAGAUUUUGUGUCACGCACUAAAUUGUCCCCAACGUGCUUGAUUAUAAGGUCGUGCCACGUGCUGGUUAUGAGAUUGUGUUGAGUUUAAUGGCUCAGCUAGGGUUAGUGCCCACAGGGUAGGCCAACUAUUGUGUUUAGUGGCUCAGCUUGUGUUAAUGCCACGAGGGUGGGCAAAUUAUUGUUUUUGGUUGCUCAGCUAGAGUUAGUGCCAUGUGGGUGAACCAACUAAUGUGUUUGGUGGCUCAGCUAGUGUUAUUUCCUCCAAGGUUGGCAAGCUAAUGUGUUUAGUAACUUAGCUACAGUUAGUUCCACCAGAGCAACCAUGCUGUUGUAUGUAGUUGCUCAGCUAGUGUUAGCGCCUUAUGGUGGGCCAGAUAUUCUUUUUAGUGGCUUACUUAGUGUUAAUGCCACCCUUAGCGGCCAUUUAUUUUGUUUAGUGGCUCAGAUUGUUAAAGUGCCACCAGGGUGGGCCAGAUAAUGUGUUUAGUUGCUCAGCUAUUGAUAUUUCCGACACGGUAUGACAGCAAUUCUGCUUAGUUGCUCAGCAAAUGUAGUACUGCUAUGGUGGGCAAGCUAUUGUGUGUAUGGCUCAGCUAGUUUUAGUGCCACCAGGUAGAUCAGCUACUGUUGCUAGCAGGUUCAGUUAAGGUAAGUGCCCUUGAGAGGGCGAGCUAUUGUGCUUAGUGGUUCAGCUAGAUUUAGUGUCACCAUGCUGGGCCAACUAUUGUGUUUAGAAUCUAUCUAGUGUUAGAGCAAACAUGGUGAGCCAGCAACUGUGUGUUUUUUUGGCUAAGCUAGUCUUAGGCCACCAGGGUAGGCCAGCUAUUAUGUUUAGUGGCUAUGCUAGUUAUGGAUUAACCAGGUAUAGCGAGCUCAUGUGUUGAGUUGUUAUUGUUUUUAGUUUCUAAGCUAGUGUUAGUUCCUUUGAAUUGUGGCUAAGCUAGUCUUGGUGCUACCAGUAUGUGCCGUUAUUUUGUUUAGGGUCACUAAGACCCGGCCAGCUAAUAUUUAGUGGCUCAGCUAGUGUUAAUCACACCAGUGUUGGUCAGCUCUUUUGUUUAGUGGCUCAGCUAGUGUUGGAGCCCUUGGGUGGGCAAGGUAAUCUGUUAAGAUGCUCAGCUAGUGUUGGUGGCACCAGCGUGGGCCAGCUGUUGUGUUUAGUGGCUCAGCUUGUGUUAGUGCACCAUGGGUUGGCCAGGAGUUUCAAAUUUCAUUCUCCGAAAAAAAGUGAACUCAGCAGAUUGCCGAAAAUGACAACUUAUCUUAUACCAUAAGUUUCCGCAAGUGGUGCAUACCCCUCUCCUUCUGAAACCUCAUUCCUUUUCACUGAUAGUAUUUAUUCAUUGAUCAUAUAGUUAGAAGUAAGACUCGUAGCCAAAAAUUGCUAUUCACUAACACUGUUUUUUUUUUAUCUGAGAAUACUUUCCAUUUGCAUAUCUCCCAUUUUUCACCUCCUCCCAACCUUGCGAAACACAGCACCCAUUGUUCCAUAGCCAUAACAGUAAGCUAGCCAAGGAAUGUAAGGCAAUGAAGUUAUUUUUAGCACGUUUGGCCCUUCAAAAAAAUCCUCCAAGCUAUUUUAAAAGAUUAUUAGCCCCCCCCCCCCUUUUUUUUUCCUUUUUUCCCGCAUAAAUUGUCACUUGAGACCCACCGAAAGUGAUCGAUUUCGCCGAAGCCGAAAAUAGGCCAAAAAGUUUAAAAUGACUUUCUGCCGAAACCGAAAAAAAGCCGAAAGUUAAUAUUGACUUUCGGACGAAACUGAAGCCGAAGCCGAAACCGAAAAUGAAAUAUUUAGAUAUUUUGAAAUUCGUUCCCGCCUACAUUCUGCAUACAUCGAAAAUGAUGGGGGAAAGUAUAAAUAUUUCCAUUCUUUUUAUUAAAAAAUGAGAUAAUCGUGAAUUUUAAUAAAUAAACAUCUGAUGUAGGGGUCUCAAACUCGCGGCCCGCGAGCCGUUGUGACCCGCAAGACGAUAUUUUGCGGCCCGCUACAUGACAGAAACGUUAAGUGUUAAUGCGCCAGUGCGUUUCCCCCAUUCUCAUAUCUAGGUGACUCUCCGCGACGGUUUUAGUCGAAUCUCACCGAUAAGUCUAAUUCUGACUUUUUAAAAAAUGUUUCUAUAUAUUUUUGUAUUAUGAUUAUAGUGAUAAGAACCGUUUUAAACUUGGAAUAUAAGUUUUUAUUUUAUAGCUUUUUAUGAGCAAAGAGUGCCACUUUGAGAAAAGUUUUUAAAAGUAAUUUUGCGGGUAAAGCACAACCAUAAUUGUGUAAAUUGUAGCAAUCUGAUACAUUAUCAAAGGAUCCAUAUUAAAAUUGCCGCUAGUGUUUACGAGUGCCCUUUGCUUUUAUAAUAUAGUUACAACCUAGACCAUUGUUAUGCACUGGCUCUUUUUGUAAGAAAUUAAUCUCCUAUUUUAAUUUUAUGGCUCAUUCCAACAAUGCCUAACAAAGGAUACCAUAGAGAAAUUCAAUUACAAAACUAUACGAGAAUUAAAACAGUUGCCAAUUACAAUUUUUAAGAUUUAAUUUAGUUAUAAUACAAUAACAAAAGAAACAAAACAUUUAAUAAAUCAUCAACUUAGAGGAUAUCGGAAAAUCUUGUACCGGUAUACAAGUAGUACAAUGUGCCAAUUAAUAAUAAUUAAUGAAGACUGCGAAUAAGCACAUAAGUACACAAAGAAUAAUACACGUCUAGUGAAGUUAAAAUAUAUCUAUCUGAAUUUCCCCCUCCUCUCUGUGCCUGUCAAUCCUUUAUAUAUGUGGGUCUACCGACGCGUUAAGAAACGCCCUCACUUUUCUAAUACAAUCGAGAGCGUUCCAUAAGAUACUAGUAGACAUACUAACCAUGUAUAAUUGGAUUUUGGUAGUAAACACGAUACUUCGAAGACUAAGCCACGCCCACAAUAAACUGCUACCGUCUGCGAGGGAUCUAAUGUGGGGUGAAACAAAGUUCAAGAACGGGAAAAGUGUACUAUAUAACAACAUAUAUCUACAAUAAUUACUGUGGCUCUAAUAGAGCUCAGUGCCAACUAAAUAUAUUUUAUUAAGGCUUUAAAAAUAUCACCAGAAUGUUUCGCUGUUUUCGAAAUACUAAUGCUUUGUGUUUUCAUUAAUAGCUUCAAGAUAUCACUGUAUAAAUAUUUAACCUUGUAAAAACACACUAGUCUUUCCGUGCUGGUGGCUUAAUUAUUUCGUUUGGAGACCAGCUUCAUUCACCCCCAGUGGUGGCGAAUUUUUUUUUUUUACUAGGUUUAUUAAAAUUGUUGUUCUGAUCAUGGGUCUCAAAGAUCGCUUAAUUUGUUCUUAAAGGUCACUUUAUUUGAUUUUAAAGAUCGUUUAGUUUGUUUUUAAAGAAAGCUUAGUUUGUUCAUAAAGAUCUUUGAGUUUGAUUUUAAAGAUCUGUCAGUUUUUCAUAAAGAUCGUUUAGUUGUUUAUAAAGAUCGUUUGAUUUGUUCUUAAAGAUCGGUUAGUUUUUCAUAAAGAUCGCUUCGUUUGUUGUUAAAGAUCGCUUAGUUUGUUGAUAAAGAUCGCUUAGUUUGGUAAAAAAAAUAUCGCUAAUUUGUUUUCUUAAAGAUCGUUUAGUUUGUUCAUAAAUAUUACUUAGUUUGUUCUUAAAGAUAAUUGAUUUUGUUCUUAAAUAUCGCUUAGUUCAUUUUCAAGAUCAUUCAGUUUGUUCUUAAAGAUCAUUUAGUUUGUUUUUAUAGAUCUUUUAGUUUGUUAUUAAAAAUCGUUUAGUUUUUUUCUUAAAGAUCGCUUAUUUUGUUGUUUAAAAUCACUCAGUUGUUUCAUAAAGAUCGCUUAUUUUGUUUUUAAUGAUAAUUGAUUUUGUUCCUUAAGAUCGAUUUGUUUGUUCUAAAAAGAACUUUUAGUUUGUUUUUAAAGAACAUUUAGUUUUCUGUUAAUGAUCGCUUAGUUUAUUCUUAUAAAUCAUUUAGUUUACAAUUAAAUAUAUUUUCUUUUGUUCUUAAAGAUCAUUUAGUUCGUUUUUAAAAAUCGUUUAAUUUGUUCGUUAAUAUCGUUUAGUUUUUUAAAUUAAAAAUCGCUUAGAUUGAGCUUAAAAAUCGCUUAGUUUGUAGUUAAACAUCGUUUAGUUUGUUCCUAAAUGGCAUUUGGUUUGUUGUUAAAUAUCGCUUUCGCUGAGUAUUAGAUGACCGAAGACAUGAGUCCCUUUCAACCGAAACCGAAAAUAACCGAAAGUUAACUUUUAUCUCUCGGCCGAAACCGAAAUUAAGCCGAAAAUUAACUUUUCAGUUUCGGCCGAAACCGAAACUUGGCGGAAAGUGAUAAAAUGGCCACUUUCAGCGCCAAAACCGAAGCCGAAAUUCGGUCGGUCUCUAAUUGUCACACAGCCUCAUAUAAAGUUAGACACUCGCCUUUAUUACCCCCACCCCAAUGUUCCACUAUAUGCCUGACGCCUUUUAUGAAUGGUUACAAAGGUUUAAUUCAUACCAGGGCAUUCCCUCCCAAAGUGACAUCGUUUAUAAUGCAGGUUAACCCGCGUUCUUAAAGCAGAUAUUUAGAAUUCAGUGCAUGGGUUUAAAGUUAAGGAUUGAUAGAGUAAACAAACAUUACAAACUUAUACCUUGUCCAUAAAGUGGGGAAUUUAUGAAUUCGGGUUGUAUUGCAUUUGUAUGAUAAAUAUUUUUUUGGGCAAGACUCAUAAGAAAGAGAUUUAUGGUUCAUUUCAUUUCUUCCAUAUGGAAGGAACCCCCUAAAAAAUUACCAUUAUUAUUUAGAUUAAUGUCAGUAGAAUCGGUAUUAUUUAGAUUGAUGUCAGUAGCAUCGGUAUUGUUUAGAUGGAUGUCAGUAGCAUCGGUAUUGUUUAGAUUGAUGUCAAUAACAUCGGUAUUAUUUAGAUUGAUGUCAGCAGCAUCUGUAUUAUUUAGAUUGAUAUCAGUAACUAUAUUUAGAGUGAUGUCAUUGAAUACAGACCGCAAUGACGAUAAAAAAAAUUUUCUAUGAAUGCCGCUAAGCCAAAAUCAAUUCACAACUAUGCUUCAAAAUGACAUAUCAAAGAAAUUCAAAACAUUCUUCUAUAAAUAUGCAAUUUUUAAAUGUACUAUUUCUUGUAGGAUUUUAUUUAUUUUUUUUCAACAGAAAAGCUAAUGAAGGAGUGAAGUUUAUAACUGUCCUACUUGAGGCUUGGCUGUAUCAACUAUUAUAUAUUAUUUUUAUUUUUAAAAAGAAGACCUUUUUAUACUGUUAACGCUAACAAUUUCCUUUUGAUAAAUUUACAGACUGCAAUGCUACAACUACUAAUCCAUCGGGACAGAUUGUCAGUCCUAACUACCCGAACACCUACCCCAAGUCUAACCUGUGCACUUGGACUUUGACCGGGACUUCAAACAUCUACUAUGUAUUUAGGUAAUAUAUUUUUUAGUUAAAUAUCAGUAUUGUGAUUUUUGUUUAUGGCUUUAGAUUUCUAAUAAAAUAAUGUAUAAUACCAUGUAUAGGUUUAAGGAAACCCAACCCUAAAUUAGAUGCACAAUGAUAUAUGCAGAUUUAAGGAAACCCAACCCUAAAUGACAUGCACAAUGAAAUUUUGGUUGCAUUUUUUUUCUUUUCAACCAAACUUAUUGUAGGAGUACACUAUUGAUUUGGUUAUAGAAAAUUGUGUUACACACUGCUAUCCGUGGGGAGACCUUAAUAUCCUAUUUAUAUUGUUACGUAGCACACAUUCCCCGCGCGAAAACUUUGCUAGACCUAAAUUAGAUCCCUAGGAGACUGUAGCGUUUGUUGUGGAAGUCGUUAAAUUCUCUUUGAUGUAUUUGUUUACAACCACUGCCAAUUACACAAUGGGUAGUAUGUCUCCUGGUAUCUUGUCGAAUCUUUUCGAUAACCCGAGAAAUGUAACCAACACGUCAUAAUUCUUUUCUGGAAGCGUCUUACGCUACAUGUAUAUAAAGGAGUGAGAGAUACGGAGAGAGGAAGAUUCAGAUAGAUAGUUUUAGCUUAAUGAGACGUGUAUUAUUCUUUGUGUAUUUAUAUGGGUUUAUUUGCAUUCUUCAUUAUCAUUCUUCAUUGGCACAUUGUACUAACUUUGUUAACUGUGUACCGGUACAAGAUCUAUCAUACUGUAAGUUGAUGAUUUGUAAUGAUAUUUCUUUUCUUUUGUAAUUACAUUAAUAUUUAAUUAAAUCUUAUUAAUUGUAACUAGCAACUGUUUUGGGUGUCGUAUCUUUACUAUUGUUGACUCUAUGGUAUCGUCCUUUGUUAGGCACUGUUUACAACGAGCCAAUAAACUUAAAAUAGGAGAUUAAUUUCUCAUAUUAGAAGCCAGUGCAUAACAACAUGUAUGGCUCGUUUCAAAACAGUGCAUAACAAGACGAUACCAAAUGAUAAAACAAUAACAGAGAAUACGAUACUCAAAACAGUGCUAACCACAAGUAAUACAUUUUAUUAAGUUAAUAUGGAUUACAAAAAAAAAAAAAAAAAAAAAAAAAAAAACAAAACAAAAAAAAGGGUAAACAAAAAAAAAAAAAUUUAAUAAAGUAAAAAUGAAAAAAAAAAAAAAAAAAAAAAAAAAAAAAAAUAUAAUUAAAAUCAUUAACUUAAGAAUAUAGUGUUUCUUGUACCGGUACAAAAGUUGAUGAGAAAUUACAAUGUGCCAAACAAAGGUACAACGAUGAAAACGAUUCACACAUAUAGUACACUGCUCUAUUCUUAAAGAAGCAAUCUUAUCCUUCCAAAAAUAAUGCUCUCUCUGCUUAUAUAGUCUGUUCUACAGAAAACUUCAGGCUAUUAUGAAUUGUAAUAGUGACUCGAAAUUUCGACAAUUUACUAUGAAAUUUUAGUCAAAAAAAACAGACGAUAUAUUUGUUUUGUGGUAAACAAGAUCAAAGGCAAAAAGCCACGUCCAAUAGUACCGCAGGGACUCCUAGAUUUCACAGCACGUGGAAAAUAUGACGUAAACACGUCGUCUACAUAGCAACUGAAAGAAGUCAAAAGAAACGGAAACUGUUACGAGUCCACAUCAAUGUUCUCAGCGACAGUUAUUGGCAAUAAAAAAAGGACGUAAUGAAAAUAUCUUUAAAAAUCAAACCAAUAAAAAUUAAACAAUAUUGGUGUAAUGUACAUUUUCAUUCUCUUUUUGUAAUAGGGAGGCUAUAUUUUGUGAUGUAAAUCAUCUAUGUACAUAAUUCACCAGCAAAAAUCAAACACCUCCACGAAUGCUUUAUAUAGAUACGCCAGAAUGUGGUUAAAUAAUGAGUUCACUAGGGUGCAAAAUAUAAUUCACGAUAAGUAAGCGAAAUGAUAUAUAUAUAUAUAUAUAUAUAUAUAUAUAUAUAUAUAUAUAUACUAACGCAACUGGGUUUUGUGCGUAAAAUUUUCUUUUCGGAAAUGAAAUCGUCUCAAUUUAAGUAUUGUGUAAAAAAAAAUAGUCACUUUAAAAGGGGUUGGGUCAUGAGAAUACAAAAUAAUAUAUAUAUAUAUAUAUAUAUAUAUAUAUAUAUAUAUAUAUAUAUAUUUACUAACGCAACUGGGUUUUGUGCAUAAAAUUUUCUUUUCGGAAAUGAAAUCGUCUCAAUUUAAGUAUUGUGUAAAAAAAAAUAGUCACUUUAAAAGUGGUUGGGUCAUGAGAAUACUAAUAUAGUUCAUGGGCGUGAAAUAAAAAGUGUGCAGUGACGUAUCAUGGGAGAAGCGGGGUACCAAACUUCUGGAUUCUUAAAUGUGCGUUACUUGAGUUAAUGUUGUGUCAAGUAACUUAACUAGAUGGGAAGUUCACGCAUUGCUGUCGGCAAAGUUAGGCAGGCUAUAUCUAGUUAUAAUUAUUGCUUUUUUCAGCAUCUCGGACAUUGACAUUGAAAAAAAUAUCGGCUGUACUUUCGACUCUCUGAAGAUUUUUAAUGGAACAAGUGAACAAGAUAGCCAGCUAGUUAUGUUUUGUAAAAGGGACGAUACUACAACGAACAUUGUGGUAUCCUCAACAAAUGCUAUGCAUCUUGUUUUUAGGACAGAUGAUUCUGUUCAAUAUAGGGGCUUCAGUGGAGUGUAUCGUAGUUUUGGUAUGAUAAAAUCUUCUUUUGCCAUUUCAUACUUUUUUACGUAUUAUAGCAUUUUUGUCAUCAGAACUACAAAAAUAUGUAAAAUUAUUUUUUUUCAAAUAAUAUUAUAUUAUAAUUUUUAAUUUGCACUCAAUAUAUAUAUAUAUAUAUUUAAAUUAACAAGUCAUAUAAAUAUUUUUGGAAAAUUUUAUAGAUAUAUUUCAAAUUUUCUUUCGGAAGUUCAUUGGCAGUUUGGAUAAUUGUAUGCGUGGAUAUUUUAACUAAAAGUGAUUACAUUUUUCUAGAUUACAACUCAACAAUAACGAAACCAAGAUAUGGAUACAUCGCCAGUCCAGAUUAUCCCCUGAAUUAUCCGG